AGCCGAUACCAGCGCCCACCUCCACGAGCGCCGAGAGGGCUGCAGCUGGGCCCAGCGAAGAGCCAUGGGGAACUCCAGCUCCGCCCCCAACGCCCCCGACGCCUGCGUCAAAUGGCAGACCAUGCCGAACACCGCGGAGGAUACCAUCCGGUACCUCAUGCGGCUGUUGGAGUGCCCCGUGUGCCUGGAGCCCAUGAGCUCACCCAUCGAGCAGUGCCCUAACGGGCAUUUCCUCUGCCAUGAGUGCCGCGCUGUGACGGAGACCUGCCCGACGUGCCGCAGGCGCCUCAAGGGCUACCGCAACCGGCUGGCCGAAGAGUUCUCCAAGUACUUGCUGGCCGUCCAGUGCCCGUUCAGCCUUUUCGGCUGCACCAAGACGGUCUUCCCCAAGGACCUCAAGGUUCACCAGGAGGGCUGCUGCUUCCGCCCCUACGAGUGCAAGAUCUGCAAGAGCCAACUGCCGCUCGCCAACAUACAGCAUCACUUCUCCACGGUGCACCCGCUGCGCAUCUUGGCCCUGCCGGUGCUGCUGGACGUGGAGCUGGACACCAGCGGCCGAGGCCACUCCGUCGGGUGCGCCAUCAUCGCCGCGCACGGCCGCCUCUUCUGGUUCUGGCGCCACCUCACCGAGUUCUCGCUCUUCGUGGGCGUGCAGAACUGCGACGGCGCGCCGCCGCCCGCCCCCACCCCCACCGACACCACCGCCGCCGCCGCCGCCGCCACCAACGAGGAAGCGCCGACUUUCAUGUACCGCGUCAAAAUCUCCGACACCAACGGCCACCGCGAGCUGUGCUUCACGGGGCCCGUGCACCCGGACGGCCCGGGCCAAAGCGAGCUGGUGGAACAGGGCAAGUGCUUCGGCGUGUCCAGGCGCUUCCUGCUCAACCUGCUCGACAGCGGCGUGCUGCAGAUCAAGUUGAACGUCUACGCCGCGAGGCAAACCGCCAAUGCUUAAUCGUUGAUUUGUUGAGUUAUGAAUGUGGCUUUUAAAUGCUAUGAAAGACUGCGGGUCCACUGGGAGAAAUAUGGUGAAAUGAAGAAUAAGUGAAAAUCAGAGGCGGAAAGUGGUGAAGGAACUAAAGGGAAAACGUUUCACGAAAAGGAAAGAAAAAAAGAAUUUUAGACCAUCAAAAUGGUGUAUUUAUUAAUGCUUCAUAUUAACGAUGUAUUUUUUUAUAAACUUCAUAUAAUUUUAGGGUAAUGUACAACUAUU